CCGAAUCCUACUUGGAGCAGUCGAUCGACAGGCUUUGCAAGGAAGGCGAAUUGUGAUAGGACCUGCAUACGCAGGUACGGAUACGCUACCGACGGACCAUUAGCAUCACAAAGGAUUGCGGCGAGGACUUCAGCUUCACCAAAGAAAAUUCUCUCAUCUAUGAGCUUCCAUCAAUGCAAUUUUAUGUGGAAGCAAGGACCGCAUGAGUACAAGUCUUCAUAUAUCCCCAAUAGUUUGAGGUUGCAAAGUUGCAAAUUCACCUCCUCCCUGUGUCUCUUGAUUACUCUGGAUAUUUUCCUCUACCUUUCCAGCUCAUCAUCUCUCGCGAAACUACCAUCAUGGACGGGCUCCAGCAAUGUACUAUUCCACAACAAUACAACAUCCCCUGUAUCGGUAGCAAUGGAGCCGUUCUCAACCUAACCGAAGUUAAUUCUAUCAACAUCACUCAGUUCAAUGGCGAAAUCUAUCCAGCAGGAUUCUGGUUGGCAUCCAACAUCACCUCGAUCGCUGAAUGUACAGUAGGGCUUUGCUCUCUCAAGUACGCCAAUGUCGACUACGUGCCAAAUACGGGGUCGAAUUUCCUGUUUGCAGUCAUAUUUGCCUUUUUCCUCCUGACUCAACUCGUUUUCUGGGUUUGGCGUCGGACUCAUAGCUUCUCCUUUGCUAUGUCCUGUGGCCUCAUUCUCGAAAUUCUCGGCUAUCUUGCACGUGUCAUAAUGAAGCACAACAUGUUCAGCCAGACACCGUUCCUCAUUCAAAUCAUCUGUCUCACGAUUGCCCCAGUUUUCUUCACGGCGGGAAUCUACCUCACUCUCUCGCGAGUGAUCAUGCACUACGGUCCACAACACUCACGCCUCACACCAAAAACCUACACUAUCACAUUCAUAUGCUCUGACUUCAUUGCUUUAGUGCUACAAUCUGCAGGUGGUGGCAUUGCAGACCAAGGAAGCUUGAGCGCUUCGACCAGGAACGGCGGGGUUCAUCUCAUGGUCGCUGGCCUGUCCUUCCAGGUGCUGUCUAUCUUGAUCUUCAUGGCCCUGUGCGCCGAGUUCUUCUGGAGAGUCAAGAAGGACAGAACCGCUAUAGGUUCAGGGUGGGCGACUCGCGAUGCUGCGAGCAGACAUUUCAAGCUUUUCAUCUAUGCAUUCGCAAUAGCCACCUUCUUUAUUCUCGUCCGUUCUUUGUUCCGUGUGGCAGAGCUGGCCCACGGCUUCAGUGGCAAGCUUGCAAAUGAUCAAAUCACAUUCAUGAUCCUUGAAGGCGGGAUGAUGAUCUUGGCUACGACGUUUCUUACUGCAUUCCCGCCUGGACAGUUCCUCGGUAGAGAUGAGUGGAAGAAUUCUGGAUGGGGCUAUAAGAAGAACGGUAGCGCCUUGUCUUUGGAGAAGCCAAGGAGCGACACCACGCCCGAGAGUGAGCGAUUGCAGACAGUCCCGCUCUAGAUGGCUACGCCAGUUCACAGGAGGCAUUGUGGGGCGAGUUGUACUAUUACAGAGUGAUGUACCCAGCCGGGAGUUGGAACUUGGUGUUGCGAGAGGUUUGGCAUAGAAUGCUUGCUGCUGCUUAGAUAUCAUUCCAACCCAGAAUAAAUCUACUUGCUUUUUUCUCUCGUCAUCGCGUCAUCUCUAUAACUUCU